AUGACGGCGGUGUGUCGCAUCGCGGGGUCCGUCGCGGGCUUCCGCGCGAUGCCGCCGCGGCGUUCCGCAGUGCGCGCCGUCCGGAUACCCCGCUCGUUCGGCGGUGCGACCGACGCCCUCCGGGGCGGAACCACGCGUCUCGAUCGAUCUCGAGUCGUCCUCGCGGCUUCGUCCGACGCGACGCCCGAUCUUCCCUCGGAGAGCGCGGCGGAUGCCCCCGUGGCGGCCGAGAUCAUCGAGGAGAAGCCCCCGAAGAUGGCGCCGUUCGUCCCUCCCCCGAUCGCCGCACCCGUCAUCGUCGGCGACAAGUUGAGGGCCCGCGACGUAAUCAAGGAGACGGUGCGGAUGUCCGUCCGCGACCUUCUUCCCUGCGUCGCGCUCAUCUGCGUCGCCGGCGCGGCGGCGCAGAUCCUCAACCUCGGCGGCACUUUCCUCCUCGCGCUCAUCCAGCUGCAUGACGUCGACAUCGUCGCCGCGUUGUUCCUCAUGUGCGUGCAGUUCUGGAAGCUCUGCUGCGAGAUCAUGGCGAGGAUCGCGGUGAUGCGAAACGCGAGGGACGUCGACGCGGGAGACGUCACGAGGUUCCAACGCGUGAGCGUGGUGGAGGCGUGGCGAACAAUCACGGGCGCGUACGAGGGCUGGAGGGACGUCCUGUUCAUCGACGGGCGGCGGAUGCUGAGCAUCGCCUGGAACUCUUUGCUCACGAUACCGAUCCCUUACCUGGGCGUCGUCAAGAUUUUGGACUACGCGCUGUGCGUGCCGGUGUACCUGUUCGAGGGUAAAACGGGCAAGGAGUGCCUGCGACGGUCGGAGGAGCUCAUGCUGGGUCACAGACUUACCCUGCUGCGCGCGGCGUUCGGGCUCGGGGGGAUGCUCGCGGCGGCGUUCGGUCUGUCCGUGGGGGCGUUCACGGUGAUCUGCCCCUCGCUGCCGCAGCUGCUGAUGCCGCCGGAGCCCGAGCCGGGGUCGGCGGCGGCGAAGGCGUCGCGGUGGGUCGAGGGCGUCGUGGGGUCCGCCGGGGACGUCGCCGCCGAGUCUACCGCGGAGGCUGCCGUCGACGCGGCGGUGGUCGGCGCCGCGGACAUAGGCGAGGCUGCCAAGGGACUCUUCGACGGCACGUCCUUCGACCGGGUGUGGGAGGUUGGGACCGCGACGGAGAAGGCGAGCACCAUCGCGCUGCUGUCGUGCGCCGUCAUCGGGUCGUUCGUCUUCACGAUUAUGCUGCGGCACUUGCUGUACGUGAUGCACAGGGAGGUAUCGGCGAGGUGGAAGCCUCCUCCGCCGCCGGAACCCGCGGAGGAGGGGAAGAAGGGCGGCUUGCUCUCCAAGCUGAUGUUCUGGAAGAAAAAGUCGGCAGACGCGCCCGCGAAGGACGAGGGCGCGGGGGAGGGUGACGGGGGCGCGGGAAUCGCUCCAAAACCCGCUCCCGCGUGA